AUGCAUCGUAACUUUGAAUCCAUCCCAGUGUUUGGAACUGGGAGAAUCUCAAGAAUGAAUACAGUGGAGAAAAUUAGUCACUUUGGGGCUGUAAACGUGGACGGACUACGCAAUACUGUGGGUAAAAAAUAUAUCGAUUCAAAUGCGAAGUUUGACACCACUUUAUACAUUCAAAUUUCAGGAGUAUUGCGGCUCCAUUUAUUCAUCCGGUCGGACGAAGAAAUUAGUGAAGCAGAGCUACAGGGAAGCUGCAUUGAUCCUAUAAUGUAUUACAUUCUACAAUCCACAGGAAAACAUCUACUUUCGAUGACCGUCUUCUUUAAGGACGCACUGGAAAUGCGAAGUUCAAAAUAUAUGGCUGCGGUACAGGCUAUCGGUAAAAACUUACAGAUUGGCGAGAAGGAUAAUUUAUAUUUAAUGGUGAAGCUUUAUUCAUUUGAGACAACUAAAUAUCUAGUUCAACUUUCGCACUCGCUCAGUUCAUUAGAUAGCUUAAAGCAGAUUUUGAUUUGUAGCAAGGACAAUUGUGUUGGGGCUCAAGAAGGUAGAGCAGGGAGGAGAUAUUGCAGUAUUGAUAUAUCAGAUCUUAAUCUGAAUAUAAACAUCAAAAAGACAACUUCUUGGAAUAAACGGACAAAUGGGUUUUUAAUUCAAAAUGCUUAA